AUGAAUACAGCGCAGGUGGCCAAGGAUAUCAACACCAUUUUCAUUUUCAUCUCACGCGAAGAUGUACCAGACAUCACCACAGCGGAGCCAGUCGACUGCAUAAUUCUCUGCGUUUCAUCCGUCCUCCACAGCGCCGAGACCGUUUUCAAAGCCCUCCAAGCGCGUCCGCAUCUCACGAAAACCCUAGUUCUCUGUGGCGGAAUCGGCCACUCAACCAGAUACAUCUACGAAGCAGUCGCCCGCCACCCCCGGUUCAAGGAUGCCGCAGCCGAGAUCCAGGGCCUCCCCGAGGCCCAGGUGCUCAACGUUCUUUGGACCCGCUUCUUCACCUCGCCAGACCCGAAGGAGCGCGGUCCACGCGUCCUGCUCGAAGACCGCUCCAUCACCUGCGCCACGAACGCCAUCGAAGCGCGCAAAGUCCUCGAGCGCUCCGGCAUCGAUCCUCCCAGCUCCGUCAUCGUCGUUCAAGACCCCACCAUGGUCCGCCGCACGGUCGCGUGCUUCGACAAGGUGUAUGCCGACACGACACCCAAGGCCCCGCGCUUCGUCGGCUGUCCGAUUUUCGUCCCGCUCGUUCGGCCGGCCCAGGAUGGUGCUCAGAUCGAGUACGAUCUGCCGGCUGGUUGGUCGGCAGGGGAUAUGUGGAGCAUGGAUCGGUUUUUGGAGUUGGUCAUGGGUGAGAUACCCCGCAUGCGAGACGACGACAAAGGGUACGGGCCGAACGGCAAGGGUCAUAUAGUUCAUGUGGAUAUCCCGGAUGAGGUUGAGCAAGCAUGGGCACGUCUCAUCGACGCACUUCCUCAUCGCAGAUAUUGA